AACAACCAAAGACUGUGGUAACAACAUAGUAGUCACAUGACAGUUGCAGUUUGAGUAACCCAGCUGACAAUAGAAAGCAAUAGUAAUGGUGUCUUGUCUAGGCAUUAAGUCUGCCAUGGUUCGUUAAACAAAGCCUAUUGGAAAAUGAAUGGAGUUUUUGUAGGGUUUUUGGAUAAACGCUGAAAAUAAGGGGUGUGUGUGUAUCCUUACCAGAUCCUGUCAUGUCAGCCCAGCCUGCUCCGGAGCAGGGUGGUGUGUUGCUGAACGGUGGCCUGCACGUGAAGAGCAAGAAGGGGCUGGAGGCCGGGGAGGUGGAAGGCCUGCAGGCCCGGGGCCAGUGGGCCAGCAAGGCAGAGUUCCUGCUGGCUGUGGCAGGACAGAUCAUAGGCCUGGGCAACGUGUGGAGAUUCCCCUACCUGUGCUACAAGAACGGAGGAGGUGUGUUCUUUGUGCCCUACCUGUUGUUUCUGGUGCUGUGUGGUGUUCCUCUCUUCCUGAUGGAGACCUCUCUGGGUCAGUAUACCAGCCUGGGAGGGGUCAGCGCCUGGAGGAGCAUCUGCCCACUGUUCGGAGGUCUGGGCUUUGCCAGUCAGGUGAUGAUCCUCCAUGGGUGUGUGUACUACAUUGUGGUCCUGGCAUGGGCUCUCUUCUACCUGGGCCACAGCUUCCAGUCAGAGCUGCCCUGGGCCCACUGCAACAACACCUGGAACACAGAUGCCUGUGUGUUGUUUGACUGUCAGAACCUAACCUCUGGGACCAGCCUACCAGAGAAUGCUACCUCACCUGUCAUCGAGUUCUGGGAGCGGGAGGUCUUGCAGUUGUCCAGUGGACCAGAUGUGCUGGGGCCAGUCAGCUGGAGGCUGGCUCUGUGUCUGCUGCUAGUCUGGGUCGUCUGCUACUUCUGUGUGUGGAAGGGGGUCAAAUCCACUGGCAAGGUGGUCUACCUUACCGCCACGUUCCCUUACGUGAUGCUGGCCAUCCUGCUGGUACGUGGCAUCACCCUGCCUGGCGCAUCCCAGGGCAUCGUCUACUACCUCAAUCCCAACAUCACCCGCCUGGCAGACCCACAGGUAUGGAUGGAUGCGGGGACUCAGAUCUUCUUCUCUUAUGGCAUCUGUCUGGGGAGCCUUACCGCCCUGGGCAGCUACAACAAAUACAACAACGACUGCUAUAAGGACUGUUAUUCCCUGUGCCUGCUGAACAGUGCCACCAGCUUCCUGGCAGGCUUUGCCAUCUUCUCUGUGCUGGGCUUCAUGGCUCAGGAGCAGGGCGUGGACAUCGCAGAUGUGGCCCAGUCAGGCCCUGGGCUGGCCUUCAUCGCGUACCCUCGGGCUGUAGCCAUGAUGCCUCUCCCUCAGCUGUGGGCUGUGUGCUUCUUCCUCAUGAUCAUCAUGCUGGGGCUGGACACACAGUUUGUGAGCCUGGAGGCCCUUAUGACCUCUGUGACUGACCUCUACCCUACGGUGAUCCGGCUGGGUUAUCGACGUGAGCUGCUGCUGCUGAUGGUGUGUGUCGUCUGCUUCCUGGUUGGCCUGGUCAUGGUCACCCCGGGUGGUCUCUAUGUGUUCCAGAUCUAUGACCACUACUCCUGCAGUGGGGCCAGUCUGCUGCUCCUGUCCAUCUUCCAGUCAGUGGCUGUGGGCUGGGUUUACGGGCCUGACAGGUUCAAUGACAACAUUAAGCACAUGAUUGGCUACAGCCCGCUGCCCUUCUUCAAGCUGUGCUGGCGCUACCUGACGCCAGCCAUGUGCACGGCAACGUUUGUGUUCUCCUUGGUGUGCUGGUCCCCUCUGUCCCUGGGGAAGGGCGUAGUAGCCCCGGGGUGGGCCACAGCCCUAGGCUGGCUCCUCACCCUCUCCUCUGUCUCCCUGCUGCCCAUCUGUGCGCUCUACGCACUGGCCACCACCCCCGGCAGCCUAACACAGCGUUUCCGCCGGCUGUGUCGUCCUGCCCCCAACUCCAAUUUAGCCCUGGACCACCGGACCACCUCUCUCACCUUUGACCCCUGUCUGGCUCUCACCGCCGAGAAACCCAAGGAGCCAAUCGCAGACGUGAUCUAGGGAUGACCACCCUGGGUUUAGCCAAUGAUACGGUCUCACGGUUUCUGCGCACCAAUGGGACAGAUCGGAAUCGGGGAUCAAGGGAUGUUUCUAUGGAGAUGGGAAGGCCUCUGCCCCUCUGUUGUGUCCUCACAGAUAAAUGGAGACAGGAUGGUGGUUGAAACUGUGAUGGAAUCCAGUUGUAUGCUAUUGGGCAUGGGAUACGUGGACUGGGCUUAGUGACAUGCCCCUGACUGUGUGUGUUUUUGUGAAUGAAGGAGAAGGGGAGGGGGGAAAGAGAGGGAAAGGGAGGGAGGGAUAAAAGCCAGUCCCAAAUCGCUCCCUAUUCCCUCCACCUUGGCCCUAACCCCUCAUCUGAAGGUUCUGGAUAGGUGUAAGCAGUGUAGUAAUAAAGCUUCCGCCAUAUUGCUUCCACCUUACACAUCUGCAAACGUUGGGGCCAAUGGGAAGGUUAGGGAUCGAAUUGUGACCGGCUGACUGUGUAGAGAAGGGAUGGGAGUGAGGGAGGAGUAGAGCGAGACAAACACUUUUAUAUUUAUAUGUGAUCAUGGGACUGACAUUAAUGAGCUGCUGUGUGACACAGAUCAUUACCUCAUCAUAAUUUCAGUCAGACUAGCCAAUGGUUUCUGACUGGACUAUUUUGAUCAGACUGAUUGGGUCUGAAAUGGCACCCUAUUCCCUAUAUAGUGCACUACUACUUUUAACCAGGGCCCAUAGGGCUGAAACUGUUUACAGAAAAUGAGAAAUCUCCUCUGGAUUGGAAGUAGUGAAAAUAAAUAAAAAAUAUCAUACCGUAAAGGA